AUGCCCCUGGACGGCGGUGCCCUUGUGAUCGACUUAGCCCUGGAGGCAGGCCCCCUGAAGGUCGCCGUGCUCUGCGACGGCCCCAGCCGCCGCACCCGCAGCGCGCCGCACGGCCGCCUCGGCUAUUGGGUCGCGGCCGGCUGGCUGCUGGAGCGCGCGGGGUGGCGGGUCGUGCAGCUGCCGUGGUUCGAGUGGCAGCUGCUGGCGGAGGACAGCGGGGACCCGCUGGCGGCGCUGGCGCACCUCCACAACAGCUUCGCGGCGCAGGGCGUCCCCCUGUGA